AUUAUGACAUCUGUAGAACAGUUUCUAAUGAGACGUUGACUCCAUUUUGGCAAGGUCACUGUCUCGGAAAAGAAAUCUGGCAUAAAACUACAAAUAUGUUUGCCCUAGCCCGUCUCCGGACCGCGGCAACUAAUCUAAGACCUAAAGUAUGCAAUGGUCAAACUCGUAAUAUGAGCCUUUACCCAUGGAGAUACCGUGUGUUGAGUACCCCUCCUAGCAGUGUAACUAUGCUAAAGGCAGAGAUGAUCGGGGGAUUCUUCUGGUUCUGGGUGCUAUACCACUGCUAUAAGCAGCCAGAGCAUAUAGUUGGCCAUUGGGAUUAUCCAGAUCCAAGUAAAUGGACUGAUAAAGAAUUAGGUAUUCCCCCAGAUGAAGAGGACCCAUAACUACACAAUCAAAUAGGAUUUACACAAAUUAGCUAAUUAUGUACAUAUUGACAUUUUCAUAGUCAGUCUAAUCCACAUAUUCAAGAAACUACUCCAAUUGAAGGCUAUUUUCCGUUCAUUUCAUGGAAUACUUGGAUGUAUUUUGUGACUGUGCGUUAGACUAGGAUUCAAAGUGUAUACAUUUGAAAUAGUGCAUCAUAAGCAUACAUUUGGAAGCUUCAUGUAGAGCAUUGACAGUUUCACUCAUGGAUUGACACACAUUAAGACGAUAAAUAAGGACACAACCUAGUGUUAUAACUAGUAAUUCAAACUUCACUUUGGCCCUUCAUGCUGUUUGAUUCAGAGGAGGAUUUCAAUAUUCUGCAAAUAUUCUGCAUUAAAUAGAAUCUAGAUUCUGCCAAAAUGUUAUUGAUAAGGAAAUACAAGUGCUAUUUCUUGUAUUCAUUUUAUGCCAAAUAAAGAUUGA